AUGGCGAUCGGCAUCUUCACCGUCCUCGCCGGCUUGAUAGCCUUGGCUGCUGGCUACUUCUACUUCUUCGGUAUCUCCCCAGAGAUGAAGCGCAAGAUGGAGAAACAGGCUCUCCAAACCAUGGGCGAGAACAAGAUGUCCUACAUGGCCAAGGACCAAAUCAACAAGCUCCCCACCUCCGACCAAGAAGACGUCAAGAAUCUCAAGCAGGGCAUCAGCAACCUCGCGGGUGGCGCUAUGCAGAACCCCAUCGGCGAACAAGCUGGUGAAACCGCUGACAGACUCACGUCUCCGCUUACCGGUCGCUAA